AGACUCAUCCACUUCCUACCGGCUGAACGCGACCGGACGAACUGUUUUUUUUACAAUAUUUAUAAAUUAAUGUUUAACAUUGACUAAGUUCUUCUUCUUCUUCUUCUACAAACCUUUUAACUGAACGAGAGAAAACUACAAACACGUUUAUCACGUCUUCCGGGUUUAACCUGUUGUUAUGGCAACGCCUGGAGUGCUCGUGGUGCGUUGAAGGAAACAAACAAACAAACAAACAGCAGCUGUCGGUGUUUCCUGUGGAUAAACAACCGGAUAUCCAACAGCCACCCCCCCACGCGCAUCAUGGCGCAUUACAGGGCCUCAGAGUCGAAGAGGGAGCAGUUCAGAAGGUACCUGGAGAAGUCCGGGGUCCUGGACACUAUAACCAGCGUUCUAGUGGCUCUGUACGAAGAGACUGACAAACCCAACAAUGCUCUGGAUUUCAUAAAGCUUCACCUCGGUGCAGCUGGGCCAGAGCCAGCAGACGCUGAGGCUCUUCGCAUGGAGCUGGCCGAUCUUCAGCAGAAGUGCAACCUGCUCAUGGAGGAGAACAAAGAGCUGAGGAACAGGCUCAUGCAGUACGAAUCGUCACCUGAGGAGGGAGCUGCAGAGUAGAGAAGUGCUUUCUCUUGUUCUUUGCAAAAAAUAUAAGAAAAAACGUUAAAUGAGCAUCUUUGUAGAAUAUGUAAAUGUUUAUUACAUAAUAACACGGUGAUCACAAAGUCACAGUUUGUUUUUGUUCCGCAACAAGAAGCAACUUUUGUUUUCUCACAUUAAAAAUGUGUUUUUCAGCA